CAACUUUCCCUCUCCUCUUCAGCCAAAAUGACGUUCACUCUCCGCUGGGGCAUCAUCGCGACGGGCGGCAUCAGCACAAAGUUCGCCGAGGACCUCUUCAUCGACCCAGCAACGCGCGAAAGCGACGUGGCGCACAAGAUCGCCGCAGUUGGCUCGCGCUCCGUCGCGUCGGCACAGAAGUUUAUCGACCGCCUCCAGAGCAACCCGAGCCCGAACCAGUGGGGCGAGGUCGGGUGGAAUGCGUGGGGGCUGGAGCACGGCGUGCUGGACGGCGCCAAGGCGUACGGAUCGUAUGACGAGGUAUUCGCGGACGCCAACGUCGACGCUGUGUACAUCGGCACGCCGCACACGUUCCACCACGCCAACGCCAAGGCUGCCCUGCUUGCGGGCAAGCAUGUGCUGUGCGAGAAGCCGUUCACGUUCGACCUGGAGGAGCUCGACGAGCUCAUCAAGAUCGCAAAGGAGAAGAACCUCUUCCUCAUGGAGGCUGUCUGGACCCGCUUCCACCCCAUCGCGUAUGCCCUCCAGGACCUCCUCAAGUCCGGCCGUCUGGGCAAGAUCAAGCGCAUGUCCGCCGACUUCAGCAUGAACUUUGAGCCCGACACCCGCCCCGACUCGAACCGCAUGGUGGAUCCCGAGCAGGGGGGCGGCAGCCUCCUCGACCAAGGCCCCUACCCUAGCGUGUGGGCUAUGCUGGCCCUGCACCAGCACCCGGACAACACCGACUCCGACCCCCGCGUCGUCGCUUCGUACCAGAAGGUGUACGAGCGCUCCGGAGUAGACGCGGCAAGCACAUGGGUCGUGAGCUGGAAGGACUUUGCAGACGCGACCCUCGUCACGGACAUGACUGCGAGCGGGUUCAACGAUGCGUGUGCUGUCAUCACCUGCGAGGAGGCGGACGUUGCCUUGGCAUACCCGCCCUGGCGGCCGGAGCGCUUCACCAUCGUGCCCCACGCCAGCUUCGAGCCCGGAAGCAUCAAGGAGCGCGAGACCAACGAGUUCCCUGCAACCAAGGCCGGUGGGGGCAUGCACUACGAGGCCGACGAGGUUGCACGGUGUAUUCGCGACGGCAAGACUGAGAGUGAGCGCAUGCCACUUGCCGAGAGCCGCAUCACCCAGCGCUGGCUGGAUGAUGUGCGCAAGGCGGGCGGGACUGUGCUCAAGGACCGUAAAUCGACGGUGGGACAGUAGGUGACGCCUUGAUGGGUCGGGUUGAGUGUGUGAAGUGAUUAGAAGUGUACUAUGAUGCAAAGAUGUUUGAUA